UGUUACUCUAAAUAAUAUUGCAAAUGUAUUUUGUAGUACAGAACAAUAUGAUUUUGCAAUUGAUUGUUAUGAAAAAUCACUUGAGAUAUAUAAAAUGAAUUUUCCAAUAAAUCAUCCAAAAAUAAAAAUAAGUCAAAACAAUCUGGCAUUAUGUUAUAAAAAUCUUGCAUCGAAUUAUGUUAAUGAUAACGAAGAUUAUAAAAUGGCACUUGAUAUAUGUCAAAAAGUCUUAGAAAUUUAUGAACAGACAUUACCAGAAACUCAUAUAAACGUUGUGACAAUCAAACGAGACAUUGAGACGUUAUUGGAAAAGCUAAGUUAA